GCCAUCUGCUCUCUGCUGAUAAAGCUCGCGUUCUCAGACGCACUGAUCUCCGUGCGCGUUCAUGAUGUGGAUCUUUGUCCUAAGUUCGGGUUCUGGAGGUCAAAGUGACUUUGCUGGUUUUACUGGUUUCACCCCCACAAUGACACUCUUCUUCCUAUUGGUGGUUUCUGGUACCUUCUGGCCCCGGCAUCGUCAGAGUCCAUAAAUCACAUUUCUUGUCAGAAUCUGGGAACAUCAGGAGUCCGGAACGGAGCAGAGCAACAGUGUCCUGUCCUCCUGUUACCAUGACAACCAUCAACCAUCAGUCCAUGUCCAGUAGCGCAUCUGGAGCUCCAGGAGCUUCUCAGCUCAGUCUGGAUGGAAGCUCAGACUCUGGGGAGGAGGUGGCAGUGACACUGGACUCCAGUGCCAGCAGCAGGAACCAGAAAGAGGAGGAGCAUGACGAGGAGGAGACCCAGGCGGUAGCCUCAUCCCCGGAUGGGCGUUUCCUCAAGUUCAACAUUGAGAUUGGCCGAGGAUCAUUUAAGACGGUGUACCGCAGUCUGGAUACUGAGACCACGGUGGAGGUGGCCUGGUGUGAGCUGCAGACCCAUCGUUUGACGAAGGCGAAGCGUCAGCGCUUCAGCGAGGAGGUGGAGAUGCUGAAAGCUCUGCAGCAUCCAAACAUUGUCCGCUUCUAUGACUCCUGGAAGUCGACGAUGAAAGGUCAAAAGUGCAUGAUCCUGGUGACGGAGCUGAUGACAUCCGGGACGCUCAAAACAUACUUGCGUCGGUUUCGGCAGAUGAAGCUGAAGCUUCUGCAGCGCUGGAGCUUCCAGAUCUUAAAAGGACUCCAGUUCCUGCACUCUCGAAACCCCCCAAUCCUCCACCGAGACCUGAAAUGUGACAACAUCUUCAUCACGGGACCCACAGCCUCUGUGAAGAUUGGCGACCUGGGGCUCGCCACGCUGAAGAAGGCAUCCUUUGCCAAGAGUGUCAUCGGAACCCCAGAGUUCAUGGCUCCCGAGAUGUACGAGGAGAAGUACGAUGAGGCCGUGGACGUCUACGCUUUCGGCAUGUGUAUCCUAGAGAUGGCCACGUCCGAGUACCCAUACGCCGAAUGUCAGAAUGCCGGACAAAUCUACCGCAAGGUCACCUGUGGAAUAAAACCAGACAGUUUUUUCAAAGUAAAUGUCCCUGAGUUGAAGGAGAUUAUUGAAGGCUGUGUCCGGACCAACAGCAGUGAGAGGUUCACGGUUCAGGACCUGCUGGAACAUCGUUUCUUCCAGGAGCACCCUGGCGUGCGUGUGGAGCUGGCUGAGAAGGAGGACAGCACCAAGACGGCGCUGAAGCUGUGGUUGAGGAUGGACGGCAACAAGAAGCUCCAUGGGAAAUACAAAGACAACAACGCCAUCGAGUUCCUGUUCGAGCUGUACAAAGACGUUCCAGAGGAGGUGGCCCAGGAGAUGGUCGUGUUGGGUUUCGUGAGUGAAGCUGACUAUAAACCGGUUGCCAAGGCGAUCAGACACCGCAUCACUGCCAUAAAGCGGCAGCGGGAGAAGCAACGCUCCCUGAUGAGGGUGUUGCCGAACAACAGCGAAGAAUUCAAAGAAGAGGCUGACCCCGCCCACCAUCUGCCUGAUUUAGCAAAUCAGAAACUACCAUUGGGCACAGAUGUGCCCUCUGCUGCCAGAGUGACCAGUCAGGAGAUGGCCACGAUUUCAUCACUUGACUCAGCCCCAUCCACAACAACCAUGACGCCGCCUGCUGUGUUGGUGGAUUUUGGGAACUCUGAAGUGGAAUGCGAGGAAGAGGAGGAGCGACUGACCACACAAGCAUCAAACUUCUCUGCUGCCUCUGACUGUGAGAUUGACAGCUGGUCUGGUGUCCGGGACAGCAUCACUAAUCCUGCCUUACCUUCCCUUGAAACUCCUUCCUCUCUGAAUGGAGUCGAGGCUCCGCCCCUUCCGGUGCUCCGCUUCCCCUCGAGCAUCGCCGUGUCCCAUAAAGCGGUACGACGGCAGUCCGGAUCGUUCAGCGGCUUCUCCUCACCUGUGGACAGCUACACCUCCGAUGUGACCUCAGGUUUGAGUGAUGGUACUGAUGGCCAAUCAGACAGGGGCACCAAGGAAGUGAGCAUACGGUCAGCGACCAAACUAUUCAGGAGGAGAGCAAGGUCUCGACUGAGAAUCACAGGGGUAUCGGACCUGGUGGACAGGGUGGUGGAAUGUCAGCUGCAGACUCACAACAGUAAGAUGGUGACCUUUAAGUUUGACCUGGAUGGAGACAGUCCUGAGGACAUUGCGUCUGUGAUGCUCCACAGAGAUUUCAUUCUCCCGUCAGAACGUGAAGGAUUCAUCUUCCGCAUGUAUGACAUCAUCAAGAGGGCAGAGUCCAUGAUGCAGCAGCUGCAGCCAAACGCAGGAAACAACACUGACAAGCUGCCAUACCUGACUGAAUCCCAGCCAAACAUGGCAACACAGAGCCUCAGCAGAACACUGUCCUCCUCCUCACUGCCUGACAUUGCCGAUGAUGACCCAUCCCCACUGAAGGGCGGAGACUUCUACAUUGACUCUGAAGCCACACCUCCUGUCAGGCCGCUAAGGUCCCAGUCCUUCCACACGUCAUCUGCUUCUCCCUACUCCCAACAGUUCUCCAACUCAGACUUAGCCCCUCCACUCUCCCACCUCCCUCCUGCUCCACAGUAUAUCCUCCCAUCUCCACCCUACUCUCCUUACAACACCUCUUUUAUUUCCCAAAGCUCUGCCUAUGGCCCUUAUCCGGUGUCCAGCAACUCCAACCUCCUCACCACCUUGCCCACUCCUUCAGCUCCUCCUCCUUCUCCACCCUGGUCCUCCCCUGACCAACCUCUCUUUUCAUUGGCUAAUGUGCUGUCCUUGGCUAUGAGUGUGGCCCAGACCUUUAUGCCCCCUCCAGGGACCCAAAACCAAAUCUUUCAACCUCACACCCAAACCCUGCCACCAUCAUUUUCAACUCUCAAGGUCCCGACCAUAGCACCUGAUUCUCCACGCCAAACCCAUAACCUCCACCUCUCAGACCAAUCCCCCUCUUCUCCUCCACCUCCAUCUACCUCUCAGCUGUUCAUCAGCCCCCUGGCCCCUCAAGCAGGCUCCACCCCCGAGUUGCUUGAGGAUAGCAUUCAACGGACACAGCCAGACCCAAGUCCAGAGGUGUCCCCUCCUGUCUCUGCAGCUGCUGUCUCUCCCUCAGUGGAAGUGACAAAACCGUCAGUUUUCACAGUGGGUCGAUUCCAGGUGACACCCACCAAAGAGCCUUCCUCACUUCAUCAAACCACACCCACUGCUUAUUCCUCUCCUCCCUACCGGGAGAGCCAAUCAGAGAGCUCAGAGAGGAGCACAGAUGAGCACAAUCAAUCAGAGCGCAGCACCACCACUGUGUCACUCCCCAGUCACCGGUAUUACAAUGACAACCUUGGUAGAAGUUUGGGGGAGAAGGAAAAAGAAGAGGAGGGGAAGAGGGCGGAUCAGAAGUUGAGGAGCUCGUGGGAGGGGUCAGGGGGCAGUCCGGAGAUGACUGGCAGCAGCUUCAGCCAGUCAUGGAGCCGUUCAACAUCUUUAGUUAGCUCCGACGACUCAGAGGGUGAGAAUGACGACAUGUGGGAGGAGCUUCAGGAGCUUCGACAAAGACACCUGUCAGAGGUGCAAAACCUGCAGGUCAAUCAGAAGAGAGAGAUCGAGGAACUUUACGAGAGAAUGGGUAAGGUCCCGCCUCCUGGCAUUGUCUCACCGGCCACCAUGCUCAACCAUCGCCAGCGUCGCCUCUCGAAGACAGGCAUCUACCCUCCUCCAUGCAAAAACAGUGUGCAGAGACUGGACAUACUGCCCCCUACAGGCAUCAUGAGAAAGAGCUCUGUCAGCGGGAGCAGCAGCGGGUCUCAGGAGAGGUCAGGCAGGGCCGUGACCUUCACCUCUGCAUAUGGUCUCAUGUGAGCUGGCUGCCUCCACAUUGACCUCACGCCAGAACUGGAAAUGAUCUUCUGAGACGGGCAUCCAUGACGAUGAAGCCACUUUUCUGGGAUGUAUUUAUCUGAGACUGAAAGAUUGCACUUUUAUUCUAAUCCAGAGUUGAUCUUUAAAAAUUUGUUGUUAUUUUAUGGGAAUGAAUAUAGUGAAGUUUUUUUUUUUUUUUUUUUUCCCCCAUUCUCACCAGAACUAAUUUAAUAUCAGUAUGUACUUUGUCAUAUGUUCGAUAGCUGCUUUUUUGAAAUGUUUUAUUUUAUUUUUUGCAUCUGGCUUUUCAAAUUAAACCUGAUGUCACAUUUCUGCUUUGAAAUUUUAAGCAUUUCAGAAACAUUUACUUAUCAAAUCACAAUGACAACACAAUAACUGCAUCAGACUCAAACAUAUUUAAUUCUGUUUGUGAAAUGUUGUUUCACACUUCAGGGGGACUGUUAUUGGGAUUCUAAAUGUAUAUUUGAUGUGUUAAAGGUUUUGGUUAAAGAUAAAUUUUUAUUUUUAUUCAGUAGCUCUAAUAUCAUUAACCUGUCAAACAGGAUAUUUUAUUUAUGGAUUAAAUCUUACAUCUGAAGUCU